CACUGGCCGAAACCGCUUCAAAGAUCACAACAGAGUGGUCGGAGACAAUAGCUCGGCCGGCGGCCGCUUUCACUGCAAAUCACCUGGUGCUUGACAGGCCUGCCGUCGCAGAUAAACCGAAUUGCUCGAAGCACAGCUGAUGCAUACUCUUCGACACAUCGAACUCUGUGAAUUUAGGUCGUUCGUAAUUCACUUGUUGCGCCCUCCCACUUCAUCUUAUGCUCGAAUUCAUGCGAAGUGUUUUUCAAGUACAAAUUUUUCCACGCAGCUGUUUUGUGAAAUUUUCACUUUUCAAUUCUUCGCGACUCCAAACCCUUAGUCCCUCCCAAAGUUCGAUUCGUAGUACGUUUGCUUCCAGACCUCCAAUUCCAAGCCUUAGAGAACGUCGUUUUGAGUGAAACUGUGAAAAUUUAGCGCAAAUCCGUCUUCGAACCCCUAAUUCACCAACCCCCAAAACCCUAGCGUCCAUGGCGUCGAAGAAGAAGCAAUUCGAAGGUAUUGCUAUGUUAUCCAUGUACGACGAUGACGAAGAAGAAGAAGAAGGCGAAUACAUGGAAGAUGUCGAAGAGCAACAACAACUAGAAGAAGAAGAUGAAAAAAUGGAGCGUCAAGAAGCAGAGAGAGAGCACCAAGACGACGAUUACAUGGAUUCGAGAAUGGCAGAGCAGGAUGAUUCAUUUGCCAAAAGCGGAGAUAGAAUUAGUGGUGAUUCUGCUUACGAUGACAUGCCUCCGAUUGCCAGUGAGAAUACGGCGCUGCAUCCUCGGGUUAUGGUGGUGUCGCCGCAGCAAGAGGCGAUAGCGGCGUCAGAGAGUGCGAGGAUGAGUGGGAGACGGAAGCUUACGAUUGUGGAUUAUGGCCACGAUGAAGUUGCCAUGUCUCCUGAGCCUGAGGAGGGAGAAAUAGAAGGAAGUGGUCGUGUCAUGUUUGGAUUGGAACUUCAAACUGCGAAUGGUCAUUUCCAAGAGAAAACACCUACUGGAACUGUUCAGGCUUUAACAUCUAGCAAUCCAGUAACUCCUCUAUCAUCUGAUCCAUCACGAUAUGAUACAAUGAACUAUGCUGUGCAUGAAUCAGAGGGAGCACAUGUUGAGGAAGCUGUUAUGGAACAGGAAGAAGAAAUUGAUCCAUUAGAAGUGUCUCUUCCACCGCCACCAAAAGAAAAGUGCUCGGAGGAGCUACAAAGGAAAAUAAAUAAGUUUCUUGAUUACAAGAAAUAUGGAAAAAGCUUCAAUGCAGAAGUACGGAAUAGGAAGGAUUACAGGAACCCUGACUUCUUGCUGCAUGCAGUGAGGUAUCAAGAUAUCGAUCAAAUAGGGUCUUGCUUCAGUAAAGAUGUAUUUGACCCUCAUGGAUAUGACAAUAGUGACUACUAUGACCAAAUAGAGGCUGAUAUGAGGCGUGAGGAAUUAGAAAAGAAGAAGAAUAAGGCUGAAUUUACUUCUGGAGGAACACAAUCUGGAACAGUUGCUAUUGCACCAAAAGUUAAUAUGCCUAUUCCAGGUGUUUCAACUGUGGCUGCUACUGGUUUGCUACCUGUGCCACCUGCAGCUGAUACCACUACUAGGGAUGGUAGACAGAACAAGAAAUCUAAGUGGGAUAAGGUGGAUGGGGAUCGAAGAAAUUCUUUGCCGCCCUCUGGGGGCCAGGAUUCUAUUUCUGUAGCAGGAGCUCAUGCAGCACUCUUAUCUGCUGCUAAGGCGGGCACAGGAUACAUGGCUUUUGCGCAGCAAAGACGGCGAGAAGCCGAAGAAAAGAAAUCUAGUGGAAGGAAGGUGGAGAGAAGAUCUUGAUCCAUUCAUUGCACCACUUACCAGUGAAUAAUCAUACAACAUUUUGAAGUGGAUAAUUCCAUUCUCUUUUUCCUCAGUUAAAAGCCAUUUAAUGGGCUUGUUUCUUUUUUAAACAUAGGUCCUUUGCAUGGCAAAAAUAUAUUAUUUUUUGGUCUCAUUAGUGCCUUGGCCCUCAUUUGUUUUCUCCUAGGAAUAAUUUUAUUGCAGUGAAGCCAGCGAUGAAACUGAAGGGCAUGCACAUUGCACAGAUAAAGCAGGUAUCCUUUCAUUAUUGUUCCGUAGCCAAUUGAAAUGAUAGAUACCAAAAACAGCCAUCCUGUCAAGUUUAAUAGUUAAAGAUGGGUUGUAGAUGUAGGAAGCAAUUAUAGGCAUCCAGCAUAGGCGUGUAGAAAAAGUGGAAGCUUUUUUUUGCUCUCCAGCUCUCUCACGCGGUUAUCUAAUCUUGACCUUGGCCAACCUGCCAAAGAAAUACUCGUCCCGAUGAAGUGGGCGGUCGACAAAAUCAUACUUGCCUCCACUCAACUCUUUCUUCUGGCCCAUCGGAAAUAUUCUACUUUCUUAUCUCAUGAUUACACGACACGAGUCCCUUAUUUUUAUCCAAGUACGAGGCUCGUUUGUUUUAGUUACAGUUAGAAAGUAUUCUUUUGUGAUAAGUUAUCAUCACGAUUUUGCUACUUUUUCCACCUUUUGAAUCUCUAAUGAAGUCGAAAGUUUUGUA